GGUAGCAGGCAGCUGCAGGAGAAAUCCCUGAAAAUUUCCUCUACGCUGUAUGUUGGCAACCUGUCGUUCUACACCACCGAGGAGCAGAUCCAGGAGCUCUUCUCCAAGUGUGGAGAUGUCAAGAGGAUUGUCAUGGGGCUGGACAAGAUCAAGAAAACCCCCUGUGGCUUCUGCUUUGUCGAAUACUACACAAGAGCAGAUGCUGAACACGCAAUGCGAUUUAUCAAUGGCACACGACUAGAUGACCGCAUCAUUCGAACUGACUGGGAUGCAGGGUUUAAGGAAGGGCGACAGUAUGGAAGAGGAAAGACUGGAGGACAGGUGCGAGAUGAGUACCGGACAGACUACGAUGUGGGAAGAGGUGGCUUUGGCAAGAUCAUUCAGAUGCAAAAGGCAAAUCAUCAGCCUGCAAUCUAUUAAUUGCCUCGUGGGUCCUAGCUCAUAGAGGGCUCUGUCCUUCCUGUUCUCGCAUUUUGGAUUGGGGUAGGGAGUGAGAUCCAAGUUCCAGCAAAAGGUGACCCUCCUUAGACUGUGGAUAUACAUGUAUUCAUUCCCCCUUCCUUCUGGGCUAGAGAGGAUGUUCUGUGCUGAUACAGGGCAACAAGGGAAAAAAAAUGGACAGCUCUGCAGGAUUCUGGGUAAGAAGAAAUGCAAUAUGUCACACACACCUUGUGCUAUGACAUACUCUUCACGUUGCAGCUAAGCAGGUGGCUUCCUCCAAGCUGCAGCUGCAGCUGUGGUUGCUCUCAGAUGGAACUUCUUAAAAGCUUACCACCAUUGGAGCCCUCCAUGUGCCUGGGCACCUUGUGGGGAUGCACAAGAGAUUCAGGUUUGUAAUUUACAACCUCAUCUGCUUACAAAGCAGAAUCGCUAUUUGGGUGAGAGAAGUGGAACAAGGUCUUAUCAUCCACUUGUAGGUGCUUGUCUGCACAUCUAGCCCUUGGGUUGGUCAGGGCCUGCAGAGCAUUUCUCUUCAUGAUGCCCCCAGUGCUGCCUGGCUUUUCAGAUCCUCACUGUUUGGCGUGAUUUUGUUAAAAGUUUCUUUUAAUUUUUUAAAUAAACAGUUGUAUUGGGUCUGA